AUGGUCUUCUCCAUCCCAUCCUACCUCGGCGUGGGCGACCGGUACAAGAAGCCCAUCGAUGCCCGCGCGCACGGCGCCACGUUCCUUGUCUCGCGCCCCAAGACCGGCGCGAACCCCGACGCGCUCUUCGAUAAGGAGCUACACCACUUCUGGAACGGCGAGCGUGGCGGUGACCCCGAAGCGGUGCGCCGUCGCCAGCAACUGGAAAGCGCAAAGAAAAACUUGACGCCGAACGGGUUCGCCUACUCGAGCCCCACACCGGAGCCCGCCGGCCUCGGCUCGUACUUUGGGUGCUUUCAAUCCACCCCAUACGCCCACAUACCAGAAUGCCCAAAGAAGCACGACCAGGCCAUCGCAAAGCGGGAGCUGCCACCGCGUGGCGUGUACACUUCACCGGCGCAGAAAGGCAGCGGCUACAGCUACGCCCACGUCACGCUGUCCGAUGUGGGAAGCAACUAUAUUGCCACCAUCUACGAGCAGCAGCGCAUCAAUGAGUACCGUGAGCGGGAGGAGUGGAAGAAGAAGAUGCCAGCGGAGCCGUUCCGUCCCGCCGGCCGCGAGGGGUUCACCUUUGAUGAGAGCCCUGCGACGGGGACGUCUCGCUGCUACAUUAUGACGAUACCUUUCCAGGAGAAGCGACCGGAGCCGGUACUCACCCACUUCCGCAUGGACCAGCCGUGGCGCCCCGCCGGCUAUGUCGAGGACAAGCCCACCACAAUAGAGUACUGGGAGGACCCGUACCGCGGCUACGACCCCCGCAAGGAGCCGAAGGAGUAUGUCAAGAAGCCGUCGGACGCCGUCUUUCUGCCGAGCUCGCCCAACGACAACUUCUGGUACACGCAGAGCAUUGUGUUCAAGCGCAUUUGA